AUGGGAAAAUCAGGAAAAUUUGAAUAUGGAUUUGGAAUUUUUGGUUCGACUACUGGAUUAACUCAUAUUAUUGUACAACACAUGGAAUGGAGGCUCGAGAUCGAACUAUUAAUGCAUGUAUUUAUUCCUCCAACCCAACUGAUGUUAAGUAUCUCAUUCUCAACAGAUCCAGCGGUUCCCUUUGUCCCAUCCUCCCCCGAAGAUUUGUUCAUUGUGGUCAGUGAGGAAGACAAUUCUUCCAUCAUCCCCUGUCGCACGACCGAUCCUAACACUCAAGUCACCCUGAUGAACAAGGAAGGGAAAAUUCUGUAUGCCUCUUACGACAACAGGCUGGGCUUCAUUGGAAACUUCUCUUUGGGGUCCUACAUAUGCAAGACAACUGUCAAAGCAGUCGAAUUCCAGUCCGGUGAAUUUUUCAUCUAUGUUUACAAAGGUAACAAGAAUAAAGGAAUAAUCACCCUUGAUGACAUCAAAAAUCCAACCCAGAAGCUGAUUUAUAAUUUAACCAUUCCAGAUGCCUCCGUGAAAGACAGUGGCGAUUACGAGUGUGCUGUCCGACAUGUGACCAAAGAUUUUAAGAAAAUGGAGAGAAUAGCCAUCUAUGUUCACGAUAAAGGGUUCAUCGAUUUGAAACCUCUUUUCAAGCCCACGGAAGCCCUCAAUCUACAUGAAGUGAAAAACUUUGUGAUUUAUGUCGACGCAUACCCAGAGCCGAAAUUGCUUUGGCUGAAGGACAACGUCACUCUGAUGGAGAAUCUCACAGAGAUUGUAACCAGUUCCAAGCAAAUCAAUGAAACCAGAGAAUACAAGCAAAACAACCCUCCUGUUUCCAUUUCUGAAGCUUCCUCAAUUAACAACGUUCCAGCUUUAAUUCGAGACCUGAUAGAUAAUCACCAUGGCUCUUCUGGGCAGAGUGUCAAAUGCUUGGCAGAAGGCACACCCCUCCCCGAUGUGGAAUGGCUGGUUUGCAAGGACAUUAAGAAAUGCAACAAUGACACCUCAUGGACUCUCCUGACCAACAACAUCUCUGAUGUCACGGUGGAGACUCAUCUCGAUGAAAGGAACAUGGUAGCCAGUCAGGUGACUUUUCAGAAGGUGGAAGAAAUCAUGGCUGUUCGUUGUAUGGCAAAGAAUGACCUUCGGACUGUUACAAGGGAACUCAAGCUUGUGGCUCCUACCUUAAGAGAAACAGGAGGCCCUGAACAGCACAGAUGCGACGACUCCAGAGAGACCUCCAUCUCCACCCUUUACAGCCCCACCAAGUAUGAAGGUAAGGAUCUACAGAAUGGGGUGUGCUUAUGGAAUUUGAAUUUUGAAUUUUGA